AUGAAUAUUGUCAAAUCUGUUUCCUUAAUGUUGGUCGUAUUGUUCUUGUUGGCUGUGGUCAAUGCUGCCCCAUGUUGUGAGAAAUGUAAUGAAGAUGAUUGGAGAUGUACAUCUAAUUGUAUAGAUUGUAAUAGACCAACUACCUUUAUGACUAUCCCACCUUGGCCUGAGCCCACCCCAUUCCCAUCAACCACUGGAAAGCCAACUACAACAACAACUACUACUCCAUCAACCGCUCCACCAACUUCUACUCCAUCAACCGCUCCACCAACUUCUACUCCAUCAACCGCUCCACCAACUUCUACUCCAACCACUACAUCCACAACUACCAAGUAA